UCUUCCCAAGCUCUGGACUGUCUCCUCAAACCCAAUUCUUGGAGCAGUCUCGCAGCGCCAUCUUCUGGUACAGCUCUUCUCCUCCACUCCUCACGAGAUUCAGUCGUGUCUGAUUUGCUUUUCAAACCUCUUGUCGGCCUCCGGAGAGACCUUUCCGUCCACCGCCAAGAAUAAUGGCCUCACUAAGACACUCAAGGCCAGCGUUCUUCCAAGCACCGUCAGUGUUCGUUCGGCGUUUGGAGAGUCUGAGACGAAGCAGCCUGGGCGGAACUCGCUAGGGGAAGAGGCGGCGCGUGCUGGGGUCUGUCCUGACCCGGCCUGGCGAGCGAUCACGUGGGGCGCUACCCGGAGGCGGAACCACUGCGACCGGGACCUAAAGGCUUGCAGAUCGGGGGCGCCGGGAUACCUUAGCCAUGCGCCCCCCGCAACCCCCCUCCGCUACGCUGGCGUUUCUAGCUGCGUUCUUGGCCAAGGCCUUGGCUCUGGCUGAGACCCCAUACUUGGUGCGUGUGGAUGCAGCCCGCCCGCUGAGGCCUCUGCUGCCCUUUUGGAGGAGCACCGGCUUCUGCCCCCCACUGCCUCACGACCAAGCUUACCAGUACGACCUUAGUUGGGACCAGCAACUGAACCUUGCCUACAUAGGUGCCGUACCUCACAGUGGCAUCGAGCAGGUCCGGAUACACUGGCUGCUGGAUCUCAUUACAGCCAGAAAGUCAUCUGCGCAGGGACUGAUAUACAACUUCACCUACUUGGAUGUUUUCCUGGACCUCCUCAUGAAGAACCAGCUUCUCCCUGGGUUUGAGCUGAUGGGCAGUCCUUCUGGCCACUUCACGGACUUUGAGGACAAGCAGCAGGUGUUUGAAUGGAAGAACUUGGUUUCUCUCCUGGCCAGGAGAUAUAGGUUAGGGUAUGGGCUGACACAUGUUUCCAAGUGGAACUUCGAGACUUGGAAUGAACCAGACCACCACGACUUUGACAAUGUGUCCAUGACCACACAAGGUUUCCUGAAUUACUAUGAUGCUUGUUCUGAGGGGUUGCACGAUGCCAGUCCCAUGUUGAGGUUGGGUGGCCCUGGGGAUUCCUUCCACCCCCUGCCAAAGUCACCACUGUGCUGGAGCCUCCUGCGUCAUUGUGCCAAUGGAACCAACUUCUUCACUGGUGAGGUGGGCGUGCGUCUGGAUUAUAUCUCCCUGCACAAGAAGGGCGCAGGCAGCUCCAUGUACAUCCUGGAGCAGGAGAUGGCAGUUGUGGAACAGAUCCAGCAGCUCUUCCCUGAGUUCAAGGACACCCCUAUUUACAAUGACGAGGCAGACCCUCUGGUGGGUUGGUCACUGCCACAACCUUGGAGAGCUGACGUGACUUAUGCCGCCUUGGUGGUGAAGGUCAUUGCACAGCACCAGAACCUGCUGUUUGCCAAUAGCAGCUCCUCCAUGCAUUAUGUGCUCCUGAGCAACGACAAUGCCUUCCUGAGCUACCACCCACACCCUUUCUCCCAGCGUACACUUACCGCCCGCUUUCAGGUCAACAAUACUUGCCCACCCCAUGUGCAGCUCCUGCGAAAGCCAGUCCUCACAGUCAUGGGGCUGAUGGCCCUGUUGGAUGGAGAACAACUCUGGGCAGAGGUGUCACAGGCUGGGGCUGUGUUGGACAGCAAUCACACAGUGGGUGUCCUGGCCAGCACCCAUCGCCCUGAAGUCUCCUCAGAGGCCUGGCGUACCACAGUCCUGAUCUACACUAGUGAUGACACCCAUGCACACCUCAACGGCAGUAUCCCUGUGACUCUUCACCUUCGUGGGGUACCCCCUGGCUUGGGGCUUGUCUACGUAGUACUCUACCUCGACAAUCAACUCUGCAGCCCCUCCAGUGAGUGGCAACACAUGGGCCAGCCAGUCUUCCCCUCUGCAGAGCAAUUCCGACGUAUGCGCAUGGUGGAGGACCCAGUGGUUGAGGCACCACGCCCUUUCCCUGCUGGGGGCCGCCUGACUCUACACAGGAAGCUUUCUUUGCCGUCACUUCUGCUGGUGCAUGUAUGCACACGCCCCUUGAAGCCACCAGGGCAGGUUAGCCGGCUCCGCGCACUGCCCCUGACACAUGGGCAGUUGGUUCUGGUCUGGUCGGAUGAGCAUGUGGGCUCCAAGUGCCUGUGGACAUACGAGAUCCAGUUCUCCCAGAAGGGUGAGGAGUAUGCACCAAUCAGCAGGAGGCCGUCAACUUUUAACCUCUUUGUGUUCAGCCCAGACACAGCUGUGGUCUCCGGCUCCUAUCGGGUACGAGCAUUGGACUACUGGGCACGGCCAGGCCCCUUCUCAGACCCUGUGACUUACCUGGAUGUCCCUGCCUCAUGAGAGCCACUGGCUCCUAGUGACUGGUGAGCCUGUGCUGACUGGCGAGUGGGGUCAGCCAGGUUGAGCUGGACUGCCAUUAGCUAGUCAGUUGACUAUGGACUCCUUUUGUUGUUCCCCCAUUUCCUUUUAAAGUAUCUUUCUCUACCUCAGUCUUGGGAUCUACCUUUGUGGAUGAACAUUACAGAGGGCCCAGAUGGAGUGACCUUUAACCACCUUCUUCCCUCUUCCCAGCUGUUCAGAGUUGACAUUUGGAACCAGGAAGCUGGCUCAGUGGGUAAAGUGCUUGCUGUGCAAUCAUGAGGACUUGAGUUCAGAUAUCUAGCACUCAUGUAAAGGCUGGGAUGGUAAUAUAUACUUAUAACCCAGAGACAGGCCAGGGCUCAAUGGCCAUCCAGUCUUCCGGAAACUGCAAGCUCCAGGUUCAGUAAGAAAUCCCAUUUCAGAAAAGUCAAAUAGAGAACUAUAGAGAAGAUACUCAACAUUGACCUGUGGUACACACACACACACACACACACACACACACACACACACACAAACACACACAAACACACACACUCCUCACAUACACAAAUACACACUCACUUCCAGAAACACACCACACGUCACACUUUGUACACACAGUCCAAAUGUACACACAGUUCCUUCUCUGAGACUCAAGACAAACUCUUACCUUGAGAUUCUGUAAUAUCAAAAAGAAAGUUACACACUUCUGAAAUACAAUUGUACAGGGUAUACAUCUCUAUUUCAACAGGAAAGUAAAUGACCAGGAAGGAUUUAACUGAAGCAAGACCAAAACAUAGCAAGACAAACAUAAACCCUGCAGAUUCAUUCCCAGGAUUGGGGCACAUUUUAUUGUGACAUAAACUCUAAUGUGCUAGGCAGUUCUAUCUUUGUGGUGUGGCCAUUACAGCCCCUAUCACCUUUCUCCAAGGCAGGUGUCUUAGGUUUCCCACUGCUGUGAUUAAACAUGAUGAGCAUAAGCCA